AUGACCCAGCGAUCCUCUGUGACCAUCAAAUCGGGGGGCACACGGAACUUCAGUGCUUCCUCAGCCAGCCUCCUCCCAGGCUGCCGGCCGGGCUUUAGCUCUGUCUCUGUGUCCCAGAGCGGAAAGAGCUUUGGCAGUGGCUUUGGGGGUGGUUUUGGGACAAGGAGCCUCCACAGCUUAGGGGGUAGCAAGAGAAUCUCUAUUGGUGGGGGCUUCCGCUCCAGCAGGGCCAGCUUUGGCGUUGCUAGCUGUGGGCUGGGUGUCGGUGGCAUAGGGUACAGAGUUGGGGGAGCCUACGGUGGAUAUGGAUUUGGAGGUGGGAUGGCCCCUGGAGCUGGGGGCAUCCACGAAGUCACUGUCAACCAGAGUCUCCUGACCCCCUUACACCUGGAGAUCGAUCCAUCCCUCCAGCGAGUUCGCAAGGAGGAGAAGGAGCAGAUCAAGAGCCUCAACAACAAGUUCGCCUCCUUCAUUGACAAGGUGCGAUUCCUGGAGCAGCAGAACAAAGUCCUAGAGACCAAAUGGAGCCUCCUGCAAGACCACAAAACCACCAGAACCAAUCUCGAGCCCAUGUUUGAAGCCUACAUCGCCAAUCUGAGGCGACAGCUGGACUGUCUGGGAGGAGAACGGGGAAGGCUGGAGACAGAGUUGAAGAACAUGCAAGAUGUGGUAGAGGACUUCAAGAACAAGUACGAAGAGGAAAUCCACAGGCGCACUGCAGCAGAGAAUGAGUUCGUGGUGCUCAAGAAGGAUGUGGAUGCUGCCUACAUGAACAAGGUAGAGCUGGAGGCCAAGGUGGAUGCCCUGAUGGACGAGAUCAACUUCCUGAGAGCUUUCUAUGAGGCGGUAAAGAGGCCCUGGGAAGUAUCCCUAUUUUUUAACCUACUGGCUGAACUGGAGGAGGCCCUGCAGAAGGCCAAGCAGGACAUGGCCAGACAGUUGCGUGAGUACCAGGAGCUGAUGAACGUCAAGCUGUCCCUGGACAUUGAGAUCGCCACCUACCGCAAGCUGCUGGAGGGCGAGGAGAGCAGGCUCACUGGAGAAGGCGUCGGUGCUGUGAACAUCUCUGUGGUCUCUUCUUCCGGGGGCACAAGCUACAGUGGAGGCGGUGGCCUUUGCAUGAGUGGGGGCAGCUAUGGAGGAGGUGGCUACAGUGGGAGUGGCCUCUGCUAUGGCGGCGGAGGGAGCGGCAGCUUCAGCUCCACCAGCGGUCGCAGCGUGAGUGGCAGCAGUUCCAGCAUGCGCAUCGUCUCCAAGACUUCGUCCAGCAAGAAGAGUUACCGGAGCUAAAGUACUACCUGCCUCGGCUGCCGUCCCCAGCUCCCCAGCUCCCCAGCUCCCCAGCUCCCCAGCUCCCCAGCUCCCCAGCACUAAGGCCUGAUGCUUAGCCCAUGCCUACAGUCUCCAACAGGAGCACUCAAACCAGCAAGCGGUCUAUGAGUUUUAAGGUCCCUUCGUCUGGCUUCUGCCUCCAAACAGGUCCCCCAGAGAGCUCCCCACCCACUCUUCAUCUCAAAGUC